GAGAGAUCACACUGAAGGACCAGCAAUGGCGCACUCAUCGAGGGUCACCUUCUCGUCGGCGGCGGCGAGGGCGGCGGUGGUAGACGACGAUGACUUCGAUGAGGAACCCGGCGAGGUCAUCGAGUCGGCGCCACCCCUCCGCGUUGGUGAGGAGCGGGAGAUCCAUCCAUCUGGGCUCAAGAAGAAGCUCCUCCGCGCUGGCCGUGGUUGGGAAACCCCUGUCUUCGGGGAUGAAGUCACAGUUCAUUACGUUGGUAGAUUGAUGAAUGGAAGCAAGUUUGAUUCAAGUCGGGAUAGAGGAGACCCUCUCACUUUCAAACUCGGCAAUGGAGAGGUAGUCAGUGGGUUGGAUCAUGGGUUAGUGACAAUGAAGAAGGGUGAAUUGGCAUUGUUCACAGUGCCAUCUGAUUUGGGCUAUGGAAGUGUUGUUGGUAUUCAAGGUGUUCCUCCUGGUGCUGACCUCCAGUUUGAAGUAGAAUUGGUAUCAUGGCUCACUGUGGUGGAUAUCUGCAAGGAUGGUGGAAUUAUCAAGAAAAUCAUGUUCAGCGGGGAUGACGUUCAAGCUGGUGAUCUGGAUCAAGUUACAGUCAAAUACCAAGUGAGGUUAUCAGAUGGUAAACUUGUUGCAGAAAGUCCUGAAGGAGGAUCUGAGUUUUAUGUCAAUGAAGGGCAUCUAUGUGAAGCUUUUCCAAAGGUCCUAAAGACUAUGAGAAAAGGGGAAAAGGCUGUUGUAACUGUUCAACCACAAUAUGCUUUUGGAGAGCAUGGGAGAGAGGCUGAAAAUGGAUUCCAAGCCAUUCCGUCAAAUGCAGUUCUCACUAUUGAUGUUGAGUUGGUAUCUUUGAAGCCUGUUGUGGAUGUUAGUGGUGAUUUGAAGGUCUUGAAAAAGGUACUGAGAUCAGGAGAAGGUAUUCAUAGACCAAAGGAUGGAGAGGCUGUUCGAAUUAGGUACACAGCGAUGCUUGAAGAUGGCACCAUAUUUGAGAAAUUAGGCUUUGAUGGAGAGCUGUUUGAGUUUGUUAUAGAUGAAGAACAGGUAGUUGCUGGUUUAGAACAAGCAGUAGGAACAAUGCUGAAGGGUGAACUAUCUGAAGUCACAGUGAAACCAGAGUAUGGCUAUGGGAAUGAUGAGACUAAGCGAGAUCUUGCAAUACUUCCUCCAUGUUCAACCUUAAUAUAUCAAGUGGAGAUGGUGGACUUUACGAAGGAAAAAGAACCAUGGGAGAUGAGUGGUCCUGAAAAAAUUGAAGCUGCAGAGAAGACAAAAAAAGCAGGCAAUGAUCUUUAUAAAAUUGGGAAAUUUAAGCGAGCUUCAAAGAAGUAUGAAAAGGCUGUGAGCUAUAUUAAUGAAGAUGAACCUCUUGAGAGUGGUGAAGAAAAGCUUGUUAAAUCUCUUAGAAUCACCUGCUGGUUGAAUCACGCCGCUUGCUGUCUCAAAUUAAACAAUUUUCUUGAAGCCGUCAAUCUAUGCUCAAAGGUGCUAGAUGUUGAGUUUCACAAUGUGAAGGCAUUGUAUCGACGAGCGCAAGCUUAUAUAAAAACCGCCGAUCUUGAUUUAGCUAAACUCGAUAUUCAGAAAGCAUUAGAGGUUGAUCCACAGAACAGGGAGGUGAAAUCACUGCAAACAACACUGAAACAGCUCCAACUAGAGAACAACAAAAGAGAUGCAAAGCUCUAUGUGAACAUGUUUGCAUCGACGAGAAAAGACACGGACGUCGUAUUAAAGAGGCUGAAGGUCGAGAAGGCAAAUGCUGAUGAAGUGCAGGCAAUGGAAUAUGAACAUUCUGCGAGUACUGAGAUUGAGAAACCACAUGAAGAAGAAGCUGUGGGAGAUUCAGGAGUUCAAAUAAUGGAAUUAUAAAAAAAAUAAAAAGAAAAAGAAAGAAAAAGGAAAACAGAUACAUUAUAGUGAUCUCAAUAUUCAUGAUCUUAUGAGUGAUGCUGAAUUCUUCUUAAGUUGUAGUUUGUUUGUCAUCUAUGUUGUAUGGGUUUCACUUCUUUUCCCUUGA